CGUCACUGGGUGCAAUAUGGGGUCCUUGCUGCGAGUCUAGCGUGACUUUGGUAAAGCGAGAGUAGACAAGUAGAUUUGUAGAUUAGGAUUAUUUUUUUAAAACUGAUUUGGACCUCGGGUAUUGAGUUAAUCGGCCUGAAAUGGCGCACGCAUUGGUGUUAUUUAGACAUGUUGCCGUUUGAGUUUGGAGCUCAGCGUGAACGCGAGCCUCACCUUUGACAGACCGCGGUAGAAACCCUGUGAGAGUCUAUACGGAGGUUUACGGUAAUCACCCAGUGGUGAGAGUAAAAUCACAAAGCUGAUCUAAUCAUUGAUUUGUGUGGUGUGUUUGCGUUACCGUUCACUGUUAUCUUUGAACAAACUCGGGGGUAAAAACGAGCGUUCUGUUCUCAGGGGAUAAAUAGGUGCUCGUGUGCAGUAGUUCAUGAGAAAGUUUGUGGGUAAACUUUUCUAACACCAGAAGCCUUGUGGUUACCGUAAAGCUCGGUAUACGCUCGCACCGCCGCGGUUUUUUGACAGAACCAUGCUUCUGUACUGAGCGUCCGGCAAAAGUACACUUUGUCAUGUGGCCGUUGGGGUUUUGAGGGUUUGUUACGUUUUAGCGAUGUAUUUUAAUCUUCUACACGAUGGCAGGGUUACACCGGAACUUUGUACAUUCUAGAGCAGUUUCCUUGUAGCCAAUGUUGUGUAGCAGCUGCAACAUUUUGCUUCCGCGCGCUGCGUAAAAACGCUGUGUGAAACGUUCAUUACGACUCGUGUUAUUAUUCUGCUUGUGUGUGUGUGUGUGUGCCGUAUUAAACAUGCUGCUGUCGCUGGUUGUACACACGUACUCUCUGCGCUACUGCAUCCCGGCCGUGGCGAUGCUCGGCACUGCGCCGGUCUACCUGCUCUCCUGGGGCGCAUGGCGACUCCUCUCCACUGUCCUCCCAUCCAGACUCUACCACACUGUGGACGAUCACAUCUACACCAUGUACCAGAGCAUGGUACUGUUCUUCUUCGAAAAUUACACCGGGGUUGAGAUUAUUAUUUAUGGAGACAUACCAAAGAAAAAGGAGAAUGUGGUCUAUCUCUCCAACCAUCAAUCCACAGCGGAUUGGAUCAUUGCGGAUAUGCUAGCAAUUCGCCAAAAUGCGCUUGGGCAUGUAAGAUAUGUGUUAAAAGAUGGUCUGAAGUGGCUUCCAUUGUAUGGCUGGUAUUUCUCUCAGCAUGGUGGUGUGUACGUCAAGCGGAGCGCCAAGUUUGAUGAAAAGGCCAUGAGAAGGAAACUCCGCUCUCAGACUGAUGUAGGAACACCAAUGUAUCUUGUCAUAUUCCCUGAAGGAACACGCUACAACCCUGAAUUUAAGGAAGUCAUCAAGGCCAGUCAGGCUUUUGCUGCAAAAGAAGGGCUUUCUGUACUAAAUCACAUUCUAACGCCAAGAAUGAAGGCAUCACAUGUAGCAAUAGAGUCCAUGAAGGAGCACCUGAACGCAGUUUAUGACAUCACAGUGGCUUACGAAGGCACACUGACUGCGGAUGGGAAAAGACGAUCUGCCCCUUCGAUGCCAGAGUUCCUUUGUAAAGAAUGCCCCAGAGUGCACAUCUACUUUGAGCGCGUGGACAUAAGGGAGGUUCCUCCAGAGCCAGUUUUUUUCCGCAGAUGGCUUCAUGAUAGAUUUGAGGUUAAGGAUAAGUUGCUGGCGGACUUCUAUGAGUCUGAGGACCCCAAGAAAAAAUGCAAGUUUCCAGGAGAGGGUCAAAGGUCACCACUCAGCCUCAGAAAGACACUGCCUUCACUUCUGGUGUUGAGCGGACUCACUGUGCCAUUGCUGUUAACCGAGUCAGGUAGAAAACUUUAUGUGAAAACCUGGCUCUAUGGAACUCUCUUGGGAUGGCUAUGGGUUCAUAUACGACCAUGAGGUAAAAGAAACCACUGACCUCCUGCCAGCUUGUAUACAGACCGGUGCUGGUUAAAUUCUUUUGUUUUCAACCAGCCAUGCUGUGACCAUCUUUGGGAUGUUUUUCCCCCCAUUUGUUAGAGCAAGUGGUGUUUGCUGGAGGAUGACAACAUCUUCUCUUUAUUCUUUGCAUCAUUUUGUCUUGAAAGCUUUUUUUUAGUUUUACAUUCUCAGCGGAAUGUCCAAGUUGGUACGUUGGUACGUUGGUUGUCUUAAUUUUUUGAGCUGGAAAUAAAAAGCAGAAUUUUAAAUGGGGUUGACAGGCUUAUACAAAGGUUGGUUAAGAUAUUUUUAUUGUGUUCAGCUUUCCACAAAGGUAUUCAUAAUAUUAAUGGCAUUUUUGGUUCUGAUAUUUUUGACACUCUUGUUUAAAUUGCAUUCAUUUAUGAUUGGGUUGUUUGAGAUUGGGUUGGUAAUUUGUUGUUUUUGCACGAUAUUUUGGUUUGUUUACGCAUUGUUUGCUUUAUAUCUUUUCUUUGUUUGUUUUUUUUUUGCACAAUUGAUUGCCUCAUACAAUAUUGCCAAACUUCAGGAUGCAGGAACAAUAUAUUGUCACUAAAUACUUAUCUAAUAAAUACAUAUAUAUAUAUAUAUGCAGUAAAAUGCAACAGAGAAGCAUUUCACUGUACUCUGCCUUUAACAUGCAAAAUUAACGCUGUUACCUCAGCUGCUUUUCCAUUCCUCAGUUAUUCACAAACCAGUGUAUUCAAAUGCAUAUGUUUUAGAGAUAACUUGCUUUAAAAUGUAUUAAUACCACAAUGGGUUCCAGUAUUAUUCAAUAUUGGGUGAAAAACCCAAUUUACCGCCUACAUCUCAGCAUUUUACACUUAACCCUUAAUCUGCUCACAAUAGUCUCAUUUUAAAAGUCCAUAAAAAUAUGAUUCUGAUGUGUGUAUCUGUUUAGGCAUGUGUUGACAUUUAACUAAUAGAAAAAAAUUAAAAUAUACUCACAGACCUCUUAAAUUAGCCUGUACUUUUGCAAGUGUCCAAUCAGCCAAUCAUGUGGCAACAGAGCAAUGCAUAAAAUCAUGCAGAUACAGGUCAGGAGUUUCUGUUAUUGUUCACAUCCCACAUUUGUAUGAGGCAAAAAUCUGUCACUUUGGCACAAUUUGGGUAAAACGGUGCAUACUGCAACCACAGAUUCCAUUUUUUGGUUGACCCGAGUCUUCUGCUUUUGUAGACACAAGGUUUGGUGUGUUGUGAAGAAUUCUUUGAGUUACUGUAUUUUUUUUGUGAGUUUGAACCAGCCUGCCGUUUCUCACAGCUCUCUCCUAAACAAGGCAUUUCCACUCACAGAAAUGGUGCUAAUUUUUUUUUGUUUGCUUUCGCACCAUUCUGUGAAAACUCUAAAGACUAUAGUGCUUGAAACCAGCUCAUCUGGGACGAACACCUUGAUCUAUACAAUUGUGCUACUGCCACAUGACUGGCUGAUUGCAUGAAUGAGCAGGAGUACAGGAGGUCUUAUUAAAGUGUCACUUGUAGUAUGUCUUCAAGUAAACGACUGCCAAUUUAAAAAAAAAAAAAAGAGAGAGUGAGUGAGUUUACUGGCCUGGCACCCUUCCUCUUCUUAUUUAAACCUAAUUAAGGCCAUGCCGGUCAAGCAUGAAAUUUAUGGGUUCUGUUGAUCAACAGUGACUAUACAAAACCUAAAUAUUCUGAAAACCUAAAAAUUGUUAAUCCUUUGAACCCAUUUCCGAAUAAUUGUGUAUAUUGCUAUUUAUAAUUUUUUUUACAUAUUGAAGCCAAGAGGAAAACCAGUAAUUGUCUAUUGUGAACAUAGUUUAGUUUUAUUUCGGUAAUUACCAUACAUUGAUAAAAGUCCGUUAUUUUAACCAGAUGAUAUUUCAUCCAUUUUGUUCUAUGAAUAAUUUGGUUUAAACAAUAAUUUUACCAGAAAUUGACUCUUAGACGUAAAUAUGAGAAUAGAUGGCAGCGUGCGUGGUUCAAAGAAAAUGUCACUGAAACUCACAUUCUCCCAGAUUCCAUUAGUUUAUCAGUGAAAUUAACACACGAUGUAGCCAUUUAUUUAUCUGUAUCACACAAAGAAAAGAACUACCUCUAAACGUCUAUCCACAGACUGUGUACAGUAAUAUUACAUAUUGGUGUUCAGUAUGAAUGCUUCCUUCCAUUAUAUAAAAAUAAAUCAAUAUACCAUUCAAAAAAAUUUAUAGUUUUGCCCCAGUCAUCAUAAACCUUUUAAAAUUGACCACCAUAUUAUAAUGGCUUCUAAAAUGUAUUAAUAGGGCUCUGGUGGGAGGGUGGUUCGAGGGGCUAUAAUUUAGCUAAUGAAAUGUUUGGGUGAUUAACCCCUUUAAUGUUUUAUGAUGUUCUGAGUGAAAAUUGCCCUCGUGAUGUUUUGUUUUUUUUGGACAUGCAUUUGCCUUUUUUACCUGCAGCAGUGUUUUGUUUCCUUUUAAUUUGUUUAUUUAUGAUUGACAGUGACUGCAUAGACGUGUUACCUGAUCUCAUGGGACAAUUCUUAUUUUGAUUACUUGGGCAAUUAUUUUAAUUUGAUUUACUAAAUAUCACUGCAGCAAUUAGGAAAUUUUUUUUUAUCAGCAGUACUUUAAAUUUAUAUCCAUCAUGUCACUGGUUCUGAAUGGACAUAGUUUAUAGUUCUCGGAAAUAGUUUGACAACAAGUAAAUGUAAAUCUUAAAUGACCACAAUAUUCUCUUACAAACUCAGAAAACAAUUGUUUUCAGAACAGUGUUGCUGAUGAUCUAAGUGCUGAUUAAAUGUAGAAUGCAUAAUGAAAAUUUACUGGAAUUCCAUUCCCUAUUAUAUAAAUAACAACAAUAAACAUGAAAAACAACAACAGGAAAACAAAUUAGGACAACAACAGGAAAAGUGUCAACGUUAGCCGGUGUGAGCGAAUGAGUCAGUAUAUGUGGAUAUUGUGAGAUGUCCUCAUAUUUUUGCAGAGGAACCUGAUGACGCUAUUGGUUAUUAGCAAACAGAAGGUCAUAUCAUCACCUGAUAUGACCCAGUAAAUUCCCACAGAUUAAUUCCAGUUACAGUCAGGAAAGAACAAACGGACAUGAGGUUGUCAGGAAGUUCCUUCUCGUGACAUGUUUGGUACCAGAAACUGUUUGUAUUCUCAUCGUGACUUCACUGCAAAUUAUUUUUUUUUCCAAAUAGGCAGAACAGCAAACAAAACCUUCACUCAAUCUAUGCUGCUGCAGCUAGGUCUAAAAAGUUCACAAUCUCUCUCUGUUGUUUUCUCAUUUUAAUCCUAUCCUUUUUUUCCAUCAAUGUAACAUUGUCAUACCCAGUAUCAUGUCUAAGAAAGCAAACAUUACCUGUUUAUGUUAACAUUAGAGGCCUGUACAUUACUGAUAACUGUCCCUCUGCACCUUUUCAUCUCUUUUAAUGUCCUCAUUGAACUGUGAACUCAACACAGAAGAGAACGUCACAAUUUUAUGCCGUUUUUAUGCAUAAUCUUCAAAUACUUUUUGCGACAGUAUUAUUGCAAUAGCCAUAUAACGUAACAGAAUUUAAGACACAAAUUGUAGUCAGCUAAAGACCAUAUCUGAAAUGUAUGACAUUUUGUCAUUGCUUUUGAAAUAAUAAAACCAUGCAAUAAAUGGAAUUUCUAAUGCCAUAA